AUGGCGCAAGAAACUAAUACCUCAGUGGUUCAGAGUACCACUACUCCACCAGUGCCUAAUGGGAAUCAUCAGUCUGCGGCCGCCCAUGAUUUGACCACCCAAGAAUCCAUUGAACCUACUACUGUUCCCCAUCACCCCGUUACAAACGGUAAUGCUAUUAAUGGUAUAACGGCAAACGGCACUGUCACCAACGGAACAGAGACACCUAUCAGGGUCACAGCGCUAGAAUCUGGUAAAAUUUCCGAUGAGCCCAAAACAAACGGCGUGCACGUAACAAAUGGGAACUCUUUGAAGAAGGAGACGAACGGGAUUUUGAUAAACGGAGACAAAAAAUCCGACGACAAGUCCGAAGAAAGAGUCGAAGAGAAGGUCGAGGUUAAGACGACUGAAACCAAGACUGAAGAGAAGUCUGAAGACAAGACUAAAGGCAAGGCUGGAGACAAGACUGGAGAUGAGGAUAAAUCCGAAGUCGAGAAGAAAGAAGAGAAAAAGUAUGAGCCUCAUGGUUCCAUCUGCGAUAUCCACAAACUCUACCAGACAAAGCCCGACGAAAGCGGAAACACAUCAUGGACCAAAGACUACCCUGAGAGUCUCGUUGCACCAGCAGAGGAUGAGGAGUCUGCGCAAUAUGCCUUGAUUGUGCGCAAUGCCAAAUGCUAUGAUGGACGCAAAAGUCUGUCAGUCCAUUCAGUCAUCGUCCAGAGCGAUCCACUCAAGAAGUUCUUGAGCAAAGUACUAGAGAACUACCCCGGCGUCACCACCACACUGGAGCGACUCGAGUUCCACAGUCCUUUCAGACCCCUAGUACACCGCUGGGAGCAGUUUGUUCAGUUUCGUGACGAAGAACAGGACCCCACGACUAAGACACACGUGAAUCUAUUAUACAAGGUCCUUGAGGAAGAACUCCGCGAUGAUAUUGCCCGCAAGAAGGACAUGAUUCGCAACGGUGUUAUUACUCACGCUCUGAUCUGGACUAUUUUCGAGCCCGGUAAUGAGAUCAUUGCGACUGCCGGGGGUAGGACCCGAGCGUUUAAAUUCCAUGACGAUGCGGUCGAUUGCCGGACAAAGGCAUGGAUCAUCACUGGCCAAUAUGUGGACUUUGAUGGUGAAGACUUUGGAUAUCGAGAGGAAGACUUCAAAAUUUUCCCUUAUAUUGGAACUGCUCCUAUCACUUCGCUCGCUGUUUCUCCUCUUAAGUACCAUGCUGAGAAGGAAUCCAUUCGAGAGUCUUUGAUCACACGGGGUAAGCUCUGGGAGUCCUACAAGGGUUACAAGUACAAGGCCUACGAGGGUGUCGCGAACGGGUUCUUCAACGACGAGAUUGUGAAGUAUCAUGUCAACAGUCGAAUCAUCAUCGAUGCCGAGGCCUUCAACAUCUUCCAUCCCACAGAGACGGUUCGUGUCUAUGGGGAGUCUGACUGUCCCCAAGAAUUGACUGAGACCGAGUGGGUCACUGCGAGUCCUAUGGUACACGGGUACUCAAUUAAGGAUAAGGAGUGGCUACAGUUCUAUUUGGAUAAUUCCAAAGAGAUCGAGUGGAAUACUAAAGCCUUUGACUCCCUGGUUCUACCUAAAGGCCAGGAAGAUUUCAAGGAUCUCAUCCUGGCUUUUGCCAAGGCCCAGUCUAAGCAGCUGGACAACUUUGAUGACAUUGUCCAGGGCAAAGGCCGUGGUAUCAUCAUGCAAUUGAGUGGUCCUCCGGGAGUGGGUAAGACGUUGACUGCUGAAAGUGUCGCUGAGGUGAUGCAGGUCCCUUUGUACUCUAUGAGUGCAGGUGAUCUAGGGAUUAGUGCGGAGAGAGUGGAAAGGAGUCUCAAGGAUAUCCUCCGAAUGGUGCCCAAAUGGGGUGCUGUUCUACUUCUAGACGAAGCCGACGUGUUUAUGGAGGCACGAACUGCAUCUGAUCUAAUGAGGAAUGAGCUGGUGUCGAUCUUCUUACGAAUGUUGGAGUACUAUGAGGGUAUCCUAUUCCUGACGACCAACCGAGCAGAGAACAUUGAUCCAGCAUUCGAAUCCCGGAUCCACGUAGCGCUUGCCUACCAGGAUCUUGACACAACCUCUCGACAUAUGAUCUGGUCUCAGUUCAUUGAGAGAACAGACAACACCGAGGAAUUCACAAGUGCACAAAUUGAUAAGCUGUCCCUGGUCGACUUGAAUGGCAGGCAGAUCAAGAACACCUUGAAGACUGCGGGUCUACUUGCUUGGUCACAACAGGCCAAGCUUGGAUAUCAGCAUGUUCAGACCGUGUUGAACUUGCGGAAGAAUAAUGCCCACAAGCCCACAUUCUAUAUUUGA